AAUUAUACAGUGAAAUAUGUAAACAAAUGGUUGAGUUGUCAUGGCGGGGAGACAGCGUUUCUGUGGACAGGGAUUAUUUAUUCAAGCUACUACUGGUGUGAACACCAGUACGCUGCUGGGCCGGUUUGACGGACAGUCCAGGCUGCUGCUCACUACAUUGAUGUCCGGAGUUUCCGGGGCCAAAGCCGCACUGACUGUCUUCCAGAGACAGCAGCGGGCUAACUCAGAGUCUACCCUAACUAACUUCAUACUGACUCUAUGCAGAGACGAAAUUGCCUCAUCAGCUGAAGCUCUGACACUUUCAGUCAAACCACUCGUCUGCCUGUUUCCACCAGUGUUUAAACAGAACCUGCUGAUCUUCCUCUACUUGGUGAAUUCUGCUAUUCCUGGGCCCACCGUCCUGCUGCUGCUCAGAUGUCUUGCUCAGGACUCCAAUCCAACCCCCUGGGUGAGAGCUCUGGGCAGACAGCUGGAGAGGAAACUGGAGAUGAACGUCAAGGAUCCUCUGUACUCUGAACAUUGCAGGCAGAAACUGAAGCAGCUAUCGGAGAAUUUGGGAGGUUCUAGUGAGGCUGGAGGUUGGGCUGGAUGCUUCAACAGUCAAAAAGAGGAAUCUGAAUCCUAUUGUAGACUUGAUUUGCUCGAGCAUGGGACACAGCGGAAAAGACGGGCCAGUUUUGAUGCGGACGUGGAUGCAGACGGAGAGGAAGCAGUGCAGGAGAGUAAAAGGUUGAAGAUGGACAUGCAUGUUGAUGAGCCAGUAGAUGCAGAAGACGAAAAAGUGAGGAUGGACACACAAGGGGGAUCUGCAAGUGCUGCUGAAACACCUGCAGACAGACCGCAUGAUGGUCUACCUGAAUACAUCAGGGUAAACAUUGGCUCUGUUCUUCACAUGAAAGAGUUACUGGAAGGUCAGGCUGAGUGGGACCAGAGCGCCACAGAUGUGUUCAAAGUGUUAAACGAAUGCAACCCAACCCAAGUGGAGAUGUUGUGUGAGACACUGAACUUUCCCAUCUUACCUGAACACACCCUGCCUAAGCUGUGCAACAGCAUUUUGUCCCUCUCUCCUGAUCUGAGCUACAGUACUGCAGCAUCCCUCAUUAGGAGCAUCCUGCUGCAGAAGGUCUCGUCCCUGUCAGAGCCGGCAUCCAGGUGUUUGGUAACGGCGGUAACUUCACUGUGCAGCCGCUAUCCCCGGCCAAUGUGCCAUGCAGUAAUCGAACCAGUUCUGGAGGACAGGAAUAUAGGGCCACCUCAGACAGAGCUGCUGAACAGACUGAUAGAAAGCUGCCUGGAUUCACACUACAGACUGCUGAUGCUUCAAAUGACAUUCAGGAUUCCUUGGAGUGAAGCAGUCCUCUCCAUUAUCCACAGCUUGCUUGACUCCAAGCUGCUCUUGAAUGAAGAAGUUUUCACACAACUCACAGAGGAGCUUAUCAGCCAGGGACCUCACUUCACCAAAUCUGUGAAAUUUGCCAAAAUGAUGUUAACAGUUCUCACCAAACACAGCAGCCACGUGACUACUGCACAGAAACAUUCUCUGACGAGCUGCCUGAAUUCAAAUGAGACAUUCCUGAAGAAAUCACUUCAAGCUUCUUUGAAACGAAUCCCAGACGCAUGACUCCAGAUUUGACUUUAUUGUCAAUAACCACCAAAAUAAAUCAAAUCCAAAAA